AUAGAGUACCGGAAAAAGAGGGAGCCGAAGGGUCAGGUGCAGGAAGCGGCUGCUGUUUGGUUCUCGUUAAAAUGACGACCUUAGUGCUGGAUAACGGAGCCUACAAUGCCAAAAUCGGUUACAGCCAUGAAAAUGUGUCGGUAAUUCCUAACUGUCAGUUCAGGUCAAAAACAGCACGUCUUAAAACUUUUACUGCUAACCAGAUAGAUGAAAUAAAGGACCCUUCUGGACUCUUUUACAUCCUUCCUUUUCAGAAGGGCUACUUGGUGAAUUGGGAUGUUCAAAGACAAGUGUGGGAUUACCUUUUUGGAAAAGAAAUGUAUCAGGUUGAUUUUUUAGAUACCAAUAUUAUUAUUACAGAACCAUACUUUAACUUCACUUCAAUUCAAGAAUCAAUGAAUGAAAUCCUAUUUGAAGAAUAUCAGUUCCAAGCAGUCUUAAGAGUAAAUGCUGGUGCUCUCAGUGCACAUAGGUAUUUUCGAGAUAAUCCUUCUGAAUUAUGCUGUAUCAUUGUAGAUAGUGGAUAUUCCUUUACACAUAUAGUUCCUUACUGUAGAAGUAAAAAGAAAAAAGAAGCAAUUAUUCGGAUAAAUGUGGGAGGAAAACUCCUAACCAAUCAUCUAAAGGAGAUCAUCUCUUACCGGCAACUACAUGUUAUGGAUGAAACACAUGUGAUUAAUCAAGUGAAAGAAGAUGUGUGCUAUGUGUCUCAGGAUUUUUAUAGAGAUAUGGAUAUUGCAAAGUUGAAAGGAGAAGAAAAUACAGUAAUGAUAGAUUAUGUUUUACCUGACUUCAGUACAAUUAAAAAGGGCUUUUGUAAGCCAAGGGAAGAGAUGGUGUUAAGUGGAAAAUACAAAUCUGGGGAACAAAUUCUUCGUCUGGCUAAUGAGAGAUUUGCUGUUCCAGAAAUACUUUUUAAUCCUUCUGAUAUAGGAAUUCAAGAAAUGGGUAUUCCAGAAGCUAUCGUCUAUUCAAUUCAGAACUUACCUGAAGAAAUGCAGCCGCAUUUUUUUAAGAACAUUGUUUUGACAGGAGGAAAUUCCCUUUUCCCAGGAUUUAGAGAUCGGGUUUACUCAGAAGUUCGAUGUCUCACUCCAACAGAUUACGAUGUUUCAGUUGUGCUGCCUGAAAACCCUAUUACUUAUGCCUGGGAAGGUGGAAAAUUGAUAUCAGAGAAUGACGAUUUUGAAGAUAUGGUAGUAACAAGAGAAGAUUAUGAAGAAAAUGGACAUAGCGUUUGUGAAGAGAAAUUUGAUAUUUAAGAAACAUUCUGAAUUAAAGUUUUGACUGGUUGUAAUUGAAA